GGCGACUGCCGGUGGCGGGAGCUGUGUGGCUCACUCAGACGCCGCCGCUGUAACUCACUCGCCUCUGCACUCUCCGCCGCCCACAUCUGCUCCCACAUCACCAUGGUCCGCUCGGCACUUCUGCUGGCGCUUGUAGCCGCCACGUCCGCCCUCUGCCCCUCAGACUGGGUGCAGUUCAACAGCAGCUGCUACUACCUCUCCACCUACACCUCCACGUGGAGGAACGGCCAGACCACCUGUGAGACACUCGGAGGCCACCUGAUGUCCAUCGCCAGUCCUUCAGAACAGGACGUCGUCACCACGUAUCUCCACGCCGCCGAUGCCUGGAUCGGACUCAACGAUCUGGUGGACGACGGUCGCUUCCAGUGGACGGAUGGCACUCCUGUGCAAUAUGUCAACUGGGCUGAUGGUCAGCCCAACGAUCUGUUCGACCAGGACUGCGUCAGCGUGCUCGAGGACGGCUCCGGAAAGUGGGACGACAACCACUGUGUCUAUACCAAGCUGUUUAUUUGCGAGAAAGACGCCUUCUAGAGCAGCCGGGGAGUGCUGUUGGAAUCAGUUAGGGCAUGCUGCGGUGUAUGUCGGGAAAGGGGAAGGAACAGAAACGGACCAGGAGGUCAGUAUGCUAGACGCAGCUCUAUUCGAAAAGAAUCCCACAAGUAAGGUGCAUUACGAGUCUAAAAAAAUGUAAAAGCUUUGUGCAUCAAUACAUGCAACUCCCCUACACAACUA